AUGUGCUCAUGUCAUAUAAAUAUACAAAUUCUAUCUAUCUAUCUAUCUAUCUAUCUAUCUAUCUAUCUAUCUAUCUAUCUAUCUAUUCUAUUCAUAUCUAUUCUCUUCCUAUCUAUCUAUCUAUCUAUCUAUCUAUCUAUCUAUCUCUCUAUUUUUCCAUCUUUCUCUCUAUUUCCACCACUCUCUCUCUCUCGCUUUUCAAUUCUCUCUUUUCGCCUCUCACUCUUUCCACCUCGCUUUUCACCCUCUCUCUUUACACCCCCCUCUCUCUCUCUUCCCACCCCUCUCUCUUUUCACCUCUCUCUUUCCGCCUCUCUCACUUUUCACCUUUCUCUCUUUUCACCUUUCUCUUUCCACCUCUCUCUCUUUUACCCUCUCUCUCUUUUCACCUCUCUCUCUCUGUUUCCAUCUCUCUCUCUUUUCACAUGUCUCUUUCCACCCCUCUCUUUCGCUUGCGCUUUUCACUUCUCUCUCUAUUCACCCCCCCCUCUCUCUCUUCCCACCCCUCUCUCUUUUCACCUCUCUUUCCACCCAUUCUCUCUUUUCACCUCUCUCUUCCCUCCCCUCUCUUUUUCACCUCUCUUUCCACCUCUCUCUCUUUUCUCCUCUCUAUUCCCACCCCUCUCUUUUUCAUCUCUCUCUUUUCACCUCUCUCUCUUUCCACCUCUCUCUUCCCACCCCUCUCUCUCUUUUCACCUCUCUCUCUCUUUUCACCUCUCUCUCCCCCUUUCUCUCUCUUUCCCGCCUCUCUCACUUUUCACCUCUCUCUCCCCCUUUCUCUCUUUCCGCCUCUCUCACUUUUCACCUUUCUCUCUUUUCACAUCUCUCUCUUUCCACCUCUCUCUCUUUUCACCUCGCUCUCUCUUUUCACCUCUCUAUUCACCUCUCUCUCUCUGUUUCCAUCUCUCUCUCUUUUCACAUGUCUCUUUCCACCCCUCUCUCUCGCUUGCGCUUUUCACUUCUCUCUCUAUUCACCCCUCUCUCUCUCUCUUCCCACCCCUCUCUCUCUUUUCACCUCUCUUUCCACUUCUCUCUCUUUUCACCUCUCUCUUCCCACCUCUCUCUCUUUUCACCUCUCUCUUUCCACCCCUCUCUCUUUCCAUCUCUCUCUUUUCACCUCUCUCUUAUUUCACCUCUCUCUCUCUUUCCACUUCUCUCUCUCUUUCCACUUCUCUCUCUCUUUUCGACUCUCCCUCUCUUUCCCCAUCUCUCUCUUUCGUGCGUGUUUAUUUAUGUUUCAACUUUCUUUAA